AUGCUUCGGUUUGCGGAAGUAGAUGCGGCGUGUGCUGAGGCCCUCGGGAAUGCGUACAAGGCGAAGCGGUGCCCACCAAAUGGCGGUUCUAAACGGCGCGGUGUUUCAUUGUCUUCCUUGAAGAGGGCGGCAGCUGACGAAGAUAUAACUCAUUCAUUGCAGAGUACACCUAGAAAUGGAGUGUGUACAGUGUCUACUGGCGAGAAGGCGGUGGAACUGGCCCAGGUGUACGCAUCAACCCUACCUGGCUCCCAACCUAGGAUAGGAUUUUCUGACCAACAGUCGCAUUCCUCGCCUUCUAUGCCCUUUGAAGCGUUUGCAUCCCGCUCCUCGGGGUUCAAUAUGGAGAUUUCAUCUGACGAUGUGCAGGCGAAGCCGAAUCCAGAGAAUUUGGUAUGCAGACCUAAACAUUCUGCCACCCCUACAGGCGUGGCUGGCGUAUUAGGACGUCUGGAUGUGUUGCUCUCUGACACAGUUGUCAAUGAAGACGGCACAUUCUCUGCACGCUGGCUGCCUUCGGCCAAUGAGCUGCUACGCAUAUGUGAGGACAUAUUCCAAAAAUCCGGGGAGUCUUCUACGGAUUCGCCAAGGAUGAGAACAAUUGAAGCAGAAAUCAAAGGCGCGGCUUCUUUGCUACAGUUUAUCAAAGAUGUCAAAGGGAAUGAAUGCGAGUUGCUCAUGAAGAAAUACUCGUCGAUGGCGCAUCGACUUUCCGAAUGCAUCAAGAAAUUAGCCGCGCAGGAGCUCCCCAGCAAAACGGGUGCCGACUAUAGUAGUGAUUUCCCCAAUCAGUUGCGAUCGGUGCCAAAUGCGGCUACCGAAGAGAAUGAGGGAUUCCGCACAACCGGCAGCGGAAUGGCUGGAUCUAACGAGUUCAACAAGCCAUAUAUGGGUCUCCCGUGCAAUGUGAUGGUUAGCAACCCGUAUACCUAUACGCAACCAUGUUUGAAUACGCCUUCAAUGCUCGGCAUCCGACCAUCACCCUACGGGAAUGUUCUACCUAUUCCAACAGCCGUGAUGCCACAGUGUCCGCCGUAUCUAUGCGGACCUGCGCCUACGUUAAUGCAGGAUGGGGCGCCGGUGCAGGCAGUCAUGCGACAUCCUCAGUGCUCUCCUAUGCAUAAUAUGAUCCCCAGAUAUGCACCAUUAUAUGGCUGCUCUUACGAGGAGAAAUACUACACGCCUACCCUGAUGAACACCCACGUCCCGGAUAAGGUGUUGGUUGCGGGGCCUUGGAAUGCCCAACCUGGAGAGAUGGCUUCUCAGCUAAACUAUCCCAAUGGUUGCAACCCUAUUAUCGAUUCUUUGGGAGGGAUGCCUCGUAUCCAAUGA